UGAGCCAAACUUUAAUCUCAGAAUUCGGACUUUUUUAUGACAACCUGAGGAUUGUGUCCUUUUUAUGUCCUUUCUAAUAUGUUGCAAUUUUUUCAGAAGAAGACUUGGACUGUAAUGUGGUGUGAAGCUGUUGCUCUCACAUGAGUGCGUGUCGUUAGGGGAGGAGAUAUUUUGGAGGAGGAUGGUGUUGUGGGUUUUGUCCUGCAGCAUAUUUCCACUCACACUCACACUGUAAAGACAUAGCCCGGAGAGAUGAGCGGCUAUUAAUGACUCAGCGUGCCGUGAUAUGGAAAAGAGGCCCCGGGGCCACUCGAGUGUCAGCGCGCAGGACGCAGGAUAGAAGGAGCAGAUACACUGUGGUGGAGGUUAACGCUGCUCCGCUCACACUCUGUGCUGUGGAACAGCAUGAAGACAGAGGGUCCAGCAUCUGAGGACACAGAGGACGCCGCGCUGACAGCUCACUGCUGACAUGGAUCACUGUUUUCGGAGAAAGCGGCUCGGUCUGCUGAAGCCGCUGCUCAGUGUGUCUCUGGUCUUUGCGUCUUUUCUCAUGAUCCACAAACUGAAGUUGGUGGAGAAAGACGGGGUCGGAGGGAAACAGACGAGGAGUGCUGACUGGUGUGGCCCCGAGUGCUUUUUAUUCAAACAGGGAGCGGGGAAAAGUGCUCCGGUCAGCUCAGUCUCUCCGGUGCGUAACGAUUUGGAUGCGCACCGGGCUUCCAAUGGGACACCGGCUUCCUGGGACGCGCAGGUUCUCAACUGCAGCGAGGACGCGUCGAUCAGGACGAAGGACUGGUUCCGGCGCCUGGACGCGAGGUUUCACCAGUUUGUAUUGCACAGACACUGCAGAUACUUUCCAAUGCUCAUCAACCACCCGGAGAAAUGCGCAGGCGGAGACGCGCACCUCCUCAUUGUGGUCAAGUCCGUCAUCGAGCAGCACGACCGGCGGGACGCUGUGCGUAAAACCUGGGGAAAGGAGCAAACCAUAGACGGGAAGAGAAUCAAAACUUUGUUUCUUUUGGGAAGAGCCACCGCUGGCAAGGACACAAAGAACCUCCAGAAACUGAUCGAGUUCGAGGACCAGAUCUACGGGGACAUUCUGCAGUGGGACUUCAUGGACACCUUCUUCAACCUGACGCUGAAAGAGGUCAACUUUCUCAAGUGGUUCCACAUCUACUGCUCCAACGUCCAGUUCGUAUUCAAGGGAGACGACGACAUAUUUGUGAACACGAACAACCUGCUGGAGCUCAUCAGCUUCGAAGUGGAGGGGGGCAAGGUGGACAACUUGUUUGUGGGGGACACCAUCAACAAGGCGACCCCGAUCCGAAACCGACAGAGCAAAUAUUACAUUCCCAAAGAGCUUCACGACAAGCCGUACCCGCCGUACGUCGGCGGUGGGGGGUUCCUGAUGUCCUCACAGAUGACCAGGAAGCUGUUCGUGGCCUCACAGGAGCGGGAGUUAUACCCCAUCGAUGACGUGUUUAUGGGAAUGUGUCUGCAGAGUCUUCACCUGCGUCCACAGACGCACCCGGGCUUCAGGACCUUUGGUAUCACCAGGCGCAAGGUGAGCCCCAUGAACAGCGAGCCCUGCUUUUAUAAAAACCUCAUCGUGGUGCACAAACUGAGCCCAGAGGAACUUCUCAGGAUGUGGAGCGUCGUCCACGACAAGGACCUGGUUUGUGCGCAUAGGACAGUGAUGUGACUUUCCAAAGUCAAACACCGUGAGCCAAAGCUCAGCUGACUCUCGUGUAUUUUUUUAUUUUAAAAAAGUGAUUCAGGUGGGAUUUUCUCUCCACUGUUGUUGUUCAUUGUUUCUGUGAUUUUACAUUUUUGUAAAAUGUUCUUCGGUUUCUGAUUCUUGGUGCCAUUUCAGUUCUCAUAACUCCAGUGUCUUGACAUGACACACUCAUUUUUUUUUUAGAAAAGGAAAAAAGUAAAGACUUGACUCUUUGGAAGUUACUGAUUUGAAUUGUCAUUGUAUGACUUCAGGAUUCCGAAGUGACUGUCAAGGUGAACCACAAACCCAUUUAGUCACGAUGGAGUGAUCUAUUUUGCAGGGUAAAUUGUAAAAAAUAAAUAAAUAAAUAAACAAACGUACAUUUAAGUUAA